AUGUACGCCGCCUCCGCUCUCCGCGCCAGAAUGGCCACCUCUUUCGUCGCCCGUCGUGGCUUUUCCACCACCCGUGCCCAGCUCGGCAGCCCCUACCACUACGCUGAGGGUCCCCGUUCCAACCUUCCCUUCAACCCCCUCACCAAGUACUUCUUCUGGAGAUACUGGGCUUUCAUGAUCACCGGCUUUGGUGCUCCCUUCGGUAUUGCUGUCUGGCAGACCUACAAGACCCGCUAAGCGCCCUAUUGUGCUGUGCAAUAUUCACGCGCAACGGAAAUUGGUGGGAUUCGGGGGAUCAGCGGUCGAGUGUGUAUCCUAGAUCGGAUGUUUUCGGAAAUUUGUAUAAAGUUGAGGAAUUGAGCACGGUAUUGAUUCAGAAUAAUAUCUCUGGCAUCAAUUACAUAGGUUUACGUAGAGAAAUGCUUAGAUUAUAGGUCUCCAGUGUUGCAAGAGGCAUCAUGGAGGUUGUUGGUGCAGUGCCGCGGAUUGUCUGAUACCUUAUUAGAAUAUGGAUGAAGUCAUUGGUCGAAAUCCGUCUAGGAAAGGAAAAUUAAAUUGUCGACGGGAG